AUGAACCCAGUAGAUAAUAAAUCCUCCCAUCCCAACGCAAUCAUCGCCGCGUAUCUAACGGAGCACACGACGGAAUAUCAACUCCUCUCCGAGCUCAGACAGAGAGGAUGGAAUAAUCCAGAAGGCGACUUGUUCUUCCAGCGCCAGCGCCAGAAUGCCGAUGAAGCAGAUAGCCGUACGGCCAUUUUUUUCUUCCGUAUGAUGAAGAAUAUAGGUCAGGAGAUGCAGAAGUGCACAAAAGCUCUUCGAAUCAACCAUACAUACCAACCCCGUAUUCUCGACCUGUGUUUUGCCCCAGGAGGCUUUCUGGCCACCGCUUUACGCCUGAACCCCAGUGCGUCUGCAAUGGGAUUCAGUCUGCCACCCUCGCAAGGAGGCCACCGUGAUUUGCUACCCUCCCAUCCAAACAUUCAGUUGAAGUUUCUGGACGUCACGAUGCUGGCGGAAGAUAUGGGUGCAACGGAGAUCCCAGCCGGGCAUCCAGACGCGGAGCGAUUUCUACCCAGACAAUUCGCCGACGAACAGACCUUUGAUCUUAUUUUCUGUGAUGGACAAGUCCUCCGGACCCAUGAACGGGCUGCAUAUCGUGAGCGACGAGAGGCGGCACGACUGUCAAUUUCGCAGCUGGCCCUUGGGUUGGAGCAUAUCUACCCUGGUGGGACAAUGGUUGUCCUCUUGCACAAGGUGGAGGCAUGGGAUACUGUCAAGCUUCUCUAUCAGUUCUCGCAGUUCUCUUCUGUGCGGUUGUUUAAACCGAGAAAAAGUCAUAGCAAGCGAUCGUCGUUUUAUAUGAUCGCGAGAAAUAUACAGAGAGAGCAACCCGAAGCUAUUCGCGCGAUUGCGCAAUGGAAGAGAUUAUGGAAGGCGGCGACUUUCGGGACGGAUCAGAUGUAUCUCGAGGCACUGAACGAAGACGGGCUUGAUCCUGCAACUCUUCUUGAGGAGUUUGGGCCAAGGCUAGUGAAGCUGGGAAGAAAAGUCUGGGAGAUACAAGCGACUGCGUUGGAAGGGGCGCCUUUUACUCAGGGUUAA